AUGUCUGUGACGGAAAACAACACUGUGUUCAAGAAGAAGAUGCCUCUGAUGCACUCGGUGAAUGCGCGCCCUCACCAGGUUUUUUGCGCGGCCGCUCCGGUGCCAGGCGGCUUGGCACGGGAGCCACCUGUUGCCGGUGCCAAGGCGCUGGCAGGGGUUAUCGCGGCCUGCGUCACGCGAGGGAGAGAGGGAGAUGACGGUGUUUGUCCACAGUGCUCUCUGCAGGCUUCUGUCUGA